ACACGCUGAGAUAUUUUCACACUUUUUCGUCUCAAGUCCCAAACUUCCCGGAGUUUGUUUCUGUUGGAUAUGUGGACGAUCUUCAGAUCACUCACUACGACAGUGACACUGGGAAUAUGUCCCCAAACAGGAGUGGAUGAAGUAAAAUCACAGAGGAGGAUCCUCAGUACUGGGAGAUGAACACACAAAUCAGUUUGGGGAAUCAGCAGACACUGAAACUCACCAUGAAGACUGUAAAGCAGCGUCUAUAUGUGACUGAAGGUGUCCAUCUUUGGCAGAACAUGUACGGCUGUGACUGGGACGAUGAGACAGAUGAGAUCAGAGGAUAUGAUCAAUACGCUUUUGAUGGAGAAGAUUUUAUAGCGUUUGACUUUGAGACUGAGACAUUUGUGGCUCCAAAACAACAGGCCUUUAUCACCAAACAGAAAUGGGAGAAGAUGGGAUACGGUGUCCACCAGAAAAACUACAUCACUCAUGAAUGUGUUAAGUAUCUGAAGAAACAUGUGCACAAUGGAGAGCACGUUCUGAAGAGAACAGAGCUCCCCCUGGUGUCCCUGCUGCAGAAGUCCUCCUCAGGUCCAGUCACGUGCCACGCCACACGCUUCUACCCCGACAGAGCCAUGCUGUUCUGGACCAAAGACGGAGUGGAGGUGACGGAGGACGUGGACCCUGGAGAGAUCCUGCCCAACGGAGACGGGACCUUCCAGACCAGUGUGUCCCUGGACCUGUCCUCUGUCCCCCCUGAGGACUGGGACAGGUUCAACUGUGUGUUCCAACUGUCCGGGGUCCAAGACGACUAUGUGACCAGACUGGACCGGACCAAGAUCAUCACCAACAACAGGAACAACGAGGAGACGCCCACAGAUCUCGUCUCUGUGUUGGUUCCUGUCGCUGUCGUCCUCAUCCUGAUCUUUGCUGUCGCCUUCGUCUUGAUCAGGAAAUUUAGAGCCAAACUGCCCCCAACACGUAAGUAACACUUUGAUUUACUGCCACUAUUUACUUUUUUACUACUGUUUAAUUACUGCUGCAGCUGUUCUUACUAUGCCCACUGUCAGAGGUGGGUAGAGGACUCGGACUCACACAGAGCGACAGAAGUGUUUUCUUGACCUGAGACUUGUACAGGAAAUGAAGCACAGGCAGGAGAGACUUUAAAAAGCUGCUCUGAGUUCCUCUUUUCCUCUAGUCUCUUCCUCCUCCUCCUCAAAUCUCAGAAAAUCAUGAUUCUUGUAAUGACUUAUUCAGAAGUAUUUUACAGAUAAAGUAAUAAGAAACAGAAUAAUUUUUGCAUAUAUUUGAAUCUUAUUUUUCAAAUAUUUAUUGAGGAUCUGUUAAAUCUCAGUAGAAUCUGUUGUGGGUGAAAUAGUUUGUAAAGUUGUAAUACUUUUGUGUUGUAGCUCCGAUUGAGACAAAG